AUGAGCUAUGAAAAGGUCCGAAAGCAGAACAAAUUCAUCCGUAUCAUCAUUGUCCCCAUUCGGGUCCUUGCCCGGGCUCGGGACUUUUACAUGACGAGCCUCGCGGGCUUGGGCGGGGCUGCCACGUACGGCAAUGUCAUGGGCUGCCCGACCCCGACCAUCCCAAGAAGCUCGAGCGUUAAUUCGAAUUCAAGAACCGCCGAGGAGCAGCUGAGGGACCUCGCAAGGCUCCGAUCAGUGACUGGGAAGGCCGAUGAGGUGAAGCUCCGUCGCUCGAAAAGCGCGCGGCCUCUCGGCAGCGGGGUGCCGGCAGCUGCUGUGGCGCGCAGUAGAACGGUCGCGUUUGGGAGGAUCGAUGAAGAUAAGGUUUUCGAGUACGAGGAGGAGGACGAGGUCAGGCUGCUGGGCCGGGCUGUUGACUUUUCAAGGGCCAGAAGCUACGGUGGCAGGUGA